AUGAUUAAGACAAAAAAACAGUCUGAUGUUUUGAUGAAAUUUAUUUCAGGUAGGCCAAGUUCCAACUUAGUUGCUGCUGGUUUUGAGGUUUCAAAAGUUAUUGUCCAACAUGGAAAGCCACUCAGUGAUGGGGAGUAUAUUAAAGAAGCAUGGCUAGAAUGUGCUCCUUUCCUUUUUGAUAACCUUUCAGAAAAGGACAAGAUUAUUCAGCGCAUUAAAGAUUUGUCUGUGAGUAGAAAAACAGUUAAGGAUAGGAUACUUAAGAUGGAAAUGAAUACAACUGACCAAUUAACAAAGGAUUUAGCUUCAUGUAAGUUCUUUUCUAUUUGUGUUGAUGAAAGCACAGAUAUUACAUCAUCAGCUAGGCUAGCAAUUUUUUCUCGAUUUUGUAGGGAUGAUGAGGUAUGCGAAGAGAUGAUUAACCUUGUAACACUACCUGAGCGUACCACUGGGGCUGACAUAUGUAAAGCAGUUGUGAACGAAUUAUCUAUUCGACAAAUUGACAUUUCAAAAGUAGUAUCCGUCACAACAGAUGGUGCACCCAGUAUGAUUGGUAAGGAAGCAGGAUUUGUAAAUCUGUUUGCAAAACAUGUUGGUCAUCCGCUGAUAGGUUUUCAUUGCAUCAUACAUGAGGAGGCUUUAUGUGCUAAAGCUGGUCUAAGGGAACUUCAAGAAGUGAUGCAAACAGUCACCAAGGUUGUUAAUUACAUUUCUGCACGUGCCUUAAAUAAAAGACAAUUUCGGAAUUUAUUGAAUGAGGUGGAUUCGGUGUACAAAGGACUAACAAUGUACAACAAUGUUCGUUGGCUUAGUCGAGGAUUUGUUUUGAAACGAUUUGUUGAAUGCAUGGAUGAGAUAAAUCUCUUUCUGAUUAACCAACAAAUGUCUUAUAAAGAAAUGUCUGACAUCGUGUGGGUUUGUAAACUAAUGUUUUUUGCAGAUUUAUGUGAACAUUUAAAUGACUUAAAUGUUAAAUUACAAGGCUCUGGUAAGACACUUGAUGUUAUGUUUGAUUACAUAAAGGCAUUUGAAAUGAAACUAGGAGUUUUUAAGAGGGAUGUAGAUAGUGAAAGAUUUAGAUACUUUCCAAACCUAAAGAAAUACAUCAAUGAUCUCACAAAGGAUGACAAAACAGACUGCCAGUGUCUUCAGAAGCUAUUUGUAAACAUCAUUGAGUCAACUGUUGAGCAGUUCUCAACGAGAUUUGCUAGGUUCAGAGAAUUAGAAGAGACUGCAAAAUUCAUUAAGUUUCCAGACAGUAUAAAACUGGAUGAACUAAACUUGCAGAAGUUUUCAUGGAUAGAUAUGGAUGAUUUUGAAAUGCAAUUGAUUGAAUUUCAAACUAGCUCAAUUUGGAGGCAGAAAUUUGUUGAGCUUAGAGCUGACUUGGAAAGUAUUGAAAAGGAUCGAUUAGAGAAGGGAAGCGAAAGAGAAAUGUUACCUGCUGGAAAAGAGGAGCUUGAGGCUGAAGAAUCUCCAGUGAAGAUUAUGCCUCGAGGGUAG